GAACUCACGAACUCACGAACUCACACAUAGGAUAUAUAUCCUUUGUUGUACAUUUUGUGUUUAUAUCUAUUUAUUUAUUCCAGCUUAUUUACUCGUACUUGGAUUGAUCUCAUCUAACCAACUUUCAACCACAUUCAAUAGUUCAAACUCAUCAUGUCUUUUCUACGAAAACCCGCAGCUCUCUUUGCUCUAAAUCUCACUACUUUGAUAGGUGUUGUGGGAAGCACCUAUAACUUGAGAUCACAUAUGGUGGAGCUCUCGGAGGAUCAUGAAGCAAGAAUGGAUGAGUUGGAGGGUACCUUGAGAGGGCAUAUUGGACUUAUCGAGGAUGCUCUUGAUAGAUUAGAAGGGAAGCCAAAUGGAAACAAGAUGGAAGAAUAUUAUGGGAAAAGAGCUAGGGAUGAGAAGAAAACUUGAUUAGCCGGCAGAUAAAAUCUGAUCUCAGAAUUUCUAAUUGAGAGGACAUGAAUCAGAUUUCGGAUCUGUGAUAGGUGUUUUGGGGAAUAUUGUAUCUUUUUCGGGGCUAAACUGCUUGUAACGACGGCCGCUCGUGCAGUCUCCUCACACAUGUGAGCUUUAUGGGAUGGUGAUCGGUUAAAAGAACUUCAUCCCUUGCACAUGAGGCUCCUUUUGUAUUGAGAUGUGAAAAUGAAAGAACUGCUAGAAGAUAUUAAACUGAAAAAUCACCUAAACUCAGAGACACUAUUACGGUCUUUCAUCCAGAACCAAAAUAAGGUAUAAUGAAUACUGUAAUUCUAUGGGUUUCUUUUCUGGCCGCCGGCUUUAUCUUCAGUCUUGGGUCAAAUG